GUGACGUGGACACGGAAGUGGUCGUCGUCGCGGCGGCACCGGUGGGAGCGGGGCGCGGAGCUCGGAGUAAAGCCGGUGGGCGGACGGGUAGCGGCGGUCUCGCAUUUGCGGCGGCAGAGGACGCAAGCGUUGUCGGUUGAGUGCGAGUUCGCCGAGCCGACGAGCGGCUUCUCAGCCCUUCUCCUGCCAGUCGGAGCCCCGGAGCCGGGACCCGUUCGGCCGGCGUCACCAUGACCAAGACCGGUAGCAAGGGCGGGAACCUCCGCGACAAGCUGGACGGCAAUGAGCUAGACCUGAGCCUCAGCGACCUGAAUGAGGUCCCAGUCAAGGAGCUGGCUGCCCUCCCAAAGGCCACCAUCCUGGAUCUGUCCUGCAAUAAACUGACAACUCUACCGGCGGACUUCUGCGGCCUCACGCACCUGGUGAAGCUGGACCUGAGUAAGAACAAGCUGCGGCAGCUGCCAGUGGACUUUGGCCGACUGGUCAACCUCCAGCACCUGGACCUCCUCAACAACAGGCUGGUCACCCUGCCUGUCAGCUUCGCUCAGCUCAAGAGCCUGAAGUGGCUGGACCUGAAGGAUAACCCCCUGGAUCCUGUCCUGGCCAAGGUGGCAGGGGAUUGCUUGGAUGAGAAGCAGUGUAAGCAGUGUGCCAACAAGGUGUUACAGCACAUGAAGGCCGUGCAGGUGGAUCAGGAACGAGAGAGGCAGCGGCGGCUGGAAAUAGACCGAGAGGCCGAGAAGAAGUGGGAGGCCAAGCAGCGAGCUAAGGAGGCUCAGGAGCGGGAGCUGCGGAAGCGGGAGAAGGCGGAAGAGAAGGAGCGCCGGAGAAAGGAGUACGACGCCCUCAAAGCAGCCAAGCGGGAGCAGGAGAAGAAACCUAAGAAGGAAACAAACCAGGCCCCGAAAUCCAAGUCCGGCUCUCGGCCCCGUAAGCCGCCCCCCCGGAAACACACCCGGUCCUGGGCUGUGCUGAAGCUGCUGCUGCUGCUGCUGCUGUGUGCAGCUGGCGGGCUGGUUGCUUGUCGGGUGACAGAGCUGCAGCAGCAGCCCCUCUGCACCAGCGUGAACACCAUCUAUGACAAUGCGGUCCGGGGCCUGCGCAGCCAUGACAUCCUCCGGUGGGUCCUGCAGACCGAUUCUCAGCAGUGAGCUUGUCCUCAUCACCUGCUGCCUCCCAGCCUUGGAGCUUGGAUUCCUAUGGAAUUGGGUUCUGCUGGACACAACCUGUUUUUAGUGUCAGACCUACCUGCCAUCAUCAAAUGGCUGCCAUUUGGUACUUUAGACCUCCUCUUUGUAAGACCUCCUUGUUCCUCAGUCAGGGUUCCCUGGUUGAAUAGGGAGAAGUAAGAGGUAGGGACAGUAACCUGCAUGCUUAAAAGAAUAGGCUUGAGGUGGGGAGAGGAAAAAACAGCCUUUUCUAGUUGUUAUACGAAGCUGUGUAAAGGCAAGACUCAUUUCUACUAAAGGUCAGCUGUCACUCCAUUUAUACUUUUGUAUGUCACAGACCCUUUUUUUCAUUCCUCCCUGGGGAGCCAGGGCAGAUCAGGAGGCAGUGUGUUAUUGGGGACUAAGGGGAACACUAUACUCAGCAAAUCUAGCCUAAAUUUGGGGGGGAGGGACAUACCUAUUUUUAAGGACCUCAGACAUUUCAGGUAUUUUAAAUGAUCAUACAAAAUCUCAGGCUGUGAAAGGGACUUCAAGACCAUCCAGUCCAAUAUAACACUUGUAGAUGGGGAAACUGAGGCCUUCCAUGACUUGCCUGCAGUCUCUCAGUUUGAGGCAGAACUGGAUUUCCACCCUGGUGUCCUUCCUUUCCUUUCCAUCAUUUUGCCUCCUUUAUAAUGUCCUGAGAAAACAAAACUUACACUAGAAUUGUGUAUCUCUUGGCUGGAGUAUAGACUCUUUCCUGGGAAACAGAUUUAUGACUCACAAACAAAUCUCAUAGCUACGAGGGUCUUGGGCAGCUCCUGCGAAGUCCUGCCGCAGCUUAUGUGGUUUCUAUAAAACGGGGAUGGUCCAGGCUCCUGGCGUCAGUUUGAGAGCAUGAACUCCCUGACUGCCAGUAAACAAGGUGGACCCUUGCAAAGCCACACUGUCUGUGACAGCUCUGUUAAGUAACUGGUGUGAUUAAAUACCUCAGAGCAAUCUGGAAACUCAAGCUUCAUAGACAAUGAGGUGUAGAACUGUUUUGACUGUAGACAUCACUACAUGUAUACAACGAAGGGAAACAAGUAGCAUCGUGGAGUUUAAAAGUGACACAUUAAGGACUAGCACAAAUAAGGGGGGAGCUGUCUGUUCUCAUCUGCCAGGUUAAGCAUUUUCUUGCUCUGUGGCCUCCUUUGCCUCUUUUCACAACAGCUGGACGGAGGGAUCAGAAAUGGCCAUGUCAUGGUGCUCAUUCUUAGAAAACUCCGGAUUGCGAGCUCUUUGCCUCUCCCCAGGGAGAGCAAGAACCUGCCAUGUUCAGUCAGAACGGGAUCCAGCUUUUCAGCACUAGUGGCCCAUUUGGAUAGGACUGACACACAACUGUCCUGACAGUGGAAGAGAGGACUUGUUCUCCCUCAAGGACAGCUCUGCCGCGCAGGCCCACACCUCACUCAGAAUCACUACACAUUCCUUUAGUCUUCCUCCAAGCUCCAGAGCCGUUGGCGUAUAUGCUUCACUGAAACUAAACACAUAGUACAUAAAAUGAGAUUAAGAGCAUACAGCAGUCAGCACAGUGACCAGACCCCGUUCCCUGGCUGGGGGAGGCAGCUUCAGUGGGUGGGGGAAGGCUGGGGCCCACUCAGUCCUGUCGAGCAGCUCACCAAGGGCAGUUCACUCAUGACCUCGAGAUUUGAUGCUGAGGUUCUUUUGGAUUUCUCCUGUUAUUAAAUACGUGUCUGAGUGGUC